CAAACACACUCAUGAUCUUCAGGUUAAAGCUCCCCCAAGCUCCUUCGAAAUGGCGGCCGUGCCACAGAGGACGCUCAAUUGGCUAUACAGUGUCCUGAUUAGGGAUCAUUACGAUCCCAGACAGACUUAUCAGGACCCCAACCGAACGUACUAUGAUGUUGCCCUUGUGCUCGCUCAGUAUCCUUCCUUAUCCCCACGAACCGAAGUCUACACAUAUGAAAAUGGUUACUCCGCCCUUCUAUUGCAGCUCACUGGCACAAUACCCGUGACAUUUCGCGGCACGGUCUACAAGUUUCCCAUAUCAUUAUGGGUCCCCAACACUUACCCACGGGAACCGCCGAUAGUCUACGUAACUCCGACACAGGAUAUGGCUGUUCGAGUUGGUCAGCAUGUGACGUUGGAGGGAAGGGUAUAUCACCAUUACCUGGCACAUUGGGCAGAGGCAUGGGAGAGAUCAACCCUCGUCGAUCUCGUAUCUAUACUCCGGGAGGUUUUCGCAAAGGAACCACCGGUCAGAUACAGGCAGCAGCAGGUACCGCCACGACCACAACAACCUGAGCCAACACAGACACCACCUCCACUACCUCCGCUCCCCCCAGAGCUCGGAUUAUCCACGUCUCAUUCCCCGAUGACCCAGGGUAUGUCUUCACCAACCCCGGCAGCUCAGGCGCCGCCUCCCCCGCCUCCGAAGCCUGGGCAAGUGGUCGCUGCCGAGCAACGGCAACCGAUUUCUGCGGCGCAGCACAUCUCUUCAUCAACUUUCCCUCCACUUCCGCCAAAGGAACAGGAUUCUAGGUGGCAACCCCAAUCUCGUGCGAAUAUUAGUAGUCUUCCGGGUCACCCGUCACAGUACCCACCGGAACGAGGCGGCAUUCUGCAAGGCCCGACAGUCCCACAUCGUAAUCCUCAGCAACAACAACAUGCUGCGACACAUUUAAUGUCAGCCUAUUCGCAAGGCAUACCCACUGUCCAGUCUGGUAGCAGGACGCCAGCUAGCGCAAAUCUGCAGCAUCUUCCCAGUGGACCUCAGCAGCAGCCAACCGUUAGGCCUCUGCAACAGGUUUCCCCCAACCAGCCGGCAUAUCAGCAGGCGAAUGGCGCAUAUCAGCAAAUGCCAUUAACGCAAGCUCCUCAACAUUCAUCUCAUCAUAGCUUUCAGCAGCCACCUACAGUAACCCAACCAGCAGCGCGACCUAAGGCCGAAACUCCCGAUCUUCUUACUUCUCCUUUUGAGGUUGAGCUUCCAUCGUUUGCACCUGGUCCUCCCCCGCCAAUUCCUCCCAAUCCACAGAAGGAUGCACUGUUACAAGCCGUGUCCAAGGCAUUGGCCGAGACGCUACAGACAAAUGUGUCGCGAACCGAAUCUGCGACACAAUCUCUACUUUCACAAUCGAAUUCAUUGCACGCAGCGAUCGCCACCUUACAAGGCGAGAUCUCAUCCUUAAAUACUCUCAAUUCAAGCCUGCAGUCCAACACAUCCAUCCUUCAACAAUCCCUUCAUCGCGCUGAUGCUGUCAUUGCAGAUGCGCAGAGUCGCACAUCAUCAUCUGCCGCUGCACAGUCGAGCUCAGACCCGGUUCCCUCUGGCCUUCCUCCAAUCGACGAGGUUCUCGUCGCCCCCACAGUUGUGGGCAAACAGCUAUACGACCUAGUAGCAGAAGAACGCGGAAUUCAGCAGGCCAUCUAUGCCCUACAAGCUGCUCAUGUGAAAGGUAUAAUCGGAGUAGAAACCUGGUCCCGACACACUCGCGGGUUGGCGCGAGAGGCUUUCUUGAAGCGAGCGCUUAUCCGGAAAAUCGGGAAGGGCAUGGGUCUCGAGGAACAUUACGCCUAAACUUGCCAGCUAUGGAUCUUUGUAUAUACCAACGAGUAGGGAAACGGCAACAAAGCUGCAAGAACUGUA